GGGGGGUGAGAACGGGGACGGACGGCCCCACGCCUUUAAGCGCCUUCUGGCCGCCUUGAACACGCACAGACAGACGGACACCCGCGGACACCAUGGCGAGCCCUUGCGUGGAGCUGAGCAACAAGAUGAAGAUGCCAGUCCUGGGGCUGGGCACUUGGCAGGCUCCUCCAGGAAAGGUGGAAGAGGUGGCAAAGUGUGCUAUUGAUGCAGGCUACCGCCUCUUCGACUGUGCCUAUUUCUACCAGAAUGAAAAUGAAAUAGGGAAUGCAGUCCAGCAGAAGAUCAGGGAGGGGGCUGUGAAACGGGAAGACCUCUUCAUUGUCACCAAGUUAUGGAACACGUUCCACGAGAGGUCCUUGGUUAAGGUAGCGUGCAAGAAGAGCCUCACUGCACUGCAACUGGACUACCUUGACCUCUACCUGAUACACUUCCCUAUGGGAUACAAGGCUGGUGAAGAACUGAAUCCUGUGGAUGAGAAGGGUAUGAGUAUCCCCAGUGAUACAGAUUUUCUGGACACAUGGGAGGCCAUGGAAGAGCUGGUGGACUGUGGCCUGGUAAAAGCCAUUGGAAUCUCCAACUUUAACCAUGAGCAGAUUGAAAGAAUCUUGAACAAGCCAGGACUGAAAUACAAACCAGUAAAUAACCAGAUUGAAUGUCAUCCAUACCUAACCCAGGAAAAGCUGAUCAACUACUGUCAAUCCAAAGGGAUUGUUGUGACUGCAUACAGUCCCCUUGGCUCUCCUAACCGCCCGUGGGCCAAGCCAGGGGAACCUGUGCUGCUAGAGGAUCCCAGGAUUAAAGAGAUUGCAGUUAGACACCAUAAAACCCCUGCCCAGGUCCUGAUCCGGUUUCUUAUCCAAAGAGAAGUGAUUGUCAUCCCCAAGUCUGAGAAACCUCAGCGUGUUGAGGAAAACAUCAAGGUGUUUGACUUUGAACUGUCUAAAAAGGAGAUGGACGUCAUCCUCAGCUUUAACAGGAACUGGAGAGCAGUUCCAGUGCCCCAAGCUGUCAAUCACAAGGAUUACCCAUUCAAAGCAGAAUAUUAGUGCCAGUGGUUUCUGCAAGACCUCCAUGUAACUACUUCCAGAUUAGAAGAUGUACUCUGUAGCUUGGUCUUGAUUUCUUCUUUUGUACUUGACUGUUAUUAUGAGCAGUUACUUCUCCUUUUUUAGGAGAAGGCCACUAGCUGGUGUAAGAAUGCAUCAGUACAGAUGGAACUUUUGUAAAGACUGUUAGCAGAAACCUGGUUUCCAUUAAGAGUAAAAAGACAAUGUCUCUUCAUUUCCUCUUUUCCUUGUUUUCCUUAAUUAAAGACAUGUUUAACAGAAAACUCUGGUUACUUACGUGAUUUUUUUUUAUACAUUAUUUCAAGUGCAGUCAGUCAUACUGGCUCAUGAGUUGCUGUAAAGGAAUGUUCUCUUUAUUUACUUUGCUUUUUACAUAAUUGUGAUUUUUAUAGUGUGAAUCUCUAAUGUUUUGGAAAUUUAUAUGAAGUUUGAAUAACAACAAUCAGUGCAGUGCUUAAAUUGUUUCAUAAAAUUAGUUAUGAAAACAUGCUUGA